AUGGAACAGCAAGCAUUGUCUUCUAUUCCCUCAUCUGUAGAGAAACCAGUCGAUAGUAUUCCAUACUUGGGUUCUCGUAUCUCACUUGUAUCAAAGACUGAUAUUCGUUAUGAAGGUUUUCUCUUUAAUAUUGAUACACGUCAAAGUACUGUAGCUCUUCAAAGUGUACGUUCAUUUGGUACUGAAGGUCGUCGUACUGAACACGUACCGCCAUCACCUCAUGUGCUUCAAUAUGCGACAUUUAAAGCGUCUGAAAUUAAAGAUUUGCAUGUGUGUGAAGCUGCACCGGCGUCUGAAAUCUUUCCGCCAAAGCUUCACUCAUCAGUAUCUCCGGCUCUAGGACCAACUCCAUCUUCAUUGCCAUUGGAAUCUCUUGCACCACCAGCAGUAACAGUAGCAACAACAGUAGCAGCAGCAACGAAAUCCUCAGCAACGUUAUUAACACCUGGAUCCGUCACGAAUGCUCAUAGCGAGCAGUCUCAGACCCUAGAGGAGCCAACUUCGAUGCUACCAAAUCAGAGACAACAGGUUCAACAACAGACACGAGGACAAUCUGGAAACAAUGCACGAACGAUUCCUGGUAUGGGUGGUCAUUUACUAAAGCGUAAAGAACGUCGUGCUCCUGGUGGCACUGAAACAAGUGGCGUACGACCGGAUACAGUCUCUGAAGAAUUCAAUUUUGCGGAAGGUUUGAGUGAUUUUGACAAAGAGCAAGAGUUUUCCAAGCUCGAGGAAGACAAGAGAAAAGAGACAACGGGCUGUUAUCAAAAGUCAUCGUUCUUUGACACGAUCUCGUGCGAUGCAUUGGAUCGACUUGAAGGACAGCGAGCGAGAAUGAGUGGUGCAGAAGAGAGAAAACUCAAUACGGAGACAUUUGGUGCCGUGGGAUUGAAUAACCGACGCAGUUUUCGUGGACGCGGACGUGGACGAGGACGACGUGGAGGAUACCGCAAUGGGAACUGGAACAGCGGACGUGGCAAUGGCAAUGGCGGUGGAGGACGUAACAACAGCAACAAUAACGGUGUUUCUUAA